AUGGUGCCACCAGAAUCCCUGGUACUGCUUAUUAGCAACCUUAUUCCUCCUACCACGACCACUACUCUCAGCGACAUUUGGUUCCACUGGUGGGAGCAUUUCUGGGACCAAAUCCACGUUUUCAGUGUCUGCAAGCGAUGUCAGUUUCCUACUUUUAUGAGCACCCAUGGUUUCAGCAUCCUGGUCUUCAAACUCCAUGUCGUGUUCAACAUCCUCAGGCAAUGUCUCAGCAGUGUCAGGCAACUGUGCAUCAUCAGCCCCACCCAUGUUUUAAAGCUAGUCAAGCACGUCAUUGAUAAAUUCCACUUGCGAAUGAUGCAUCUUUUGAAUGCCUAUGGAAGACAUGUCUUGAUGGCUUUGACAAUGUCAGGGUACCCAGACUAG